UCUAGUGGACGGGAGGCUGUCGACUACUGAAUCAGCCACAUCGGCUUGCUAGCCGACAUAAAACCGAAUAAUUGAAGCUACUUUUACUAUUUUGUGUAUAUUAAUAGGUGUUUUAUACACAGGAGUUAACUUAACGUACUUGUUCAAUUUAUUAAUUUGUUCAGAUUGAUUUGAUUCUGAGCCUAGCACUAGGCUAGUCGCUAAUGCUACCUAGCUAGCUAACAUCCCUGACCAUGAGCUCACUAAGCUACUCGCCCCUUGCUAAAGAAGAGGAUGUCUACUGGACGGAGAAAGGAGCUCUGGAGCUGAACAUUGUCGUAAAAGAAGAAGAUGAGAAUAUUACAGUGAAAGAAGAAGAAGCUUUCAGAAUAAAACAGGAGGAAAUCACAUUGAAAGAAGAACAGGAGGAUGUUAAAGUGAAAGAAGAGAAAAAACAGUUUGUAGUGAAAGAGGAAGAGGGGAUAGAGGCUGUCACAGUGGUAGAGGAGGAGGUAGAAGCUUUCAGAAUCAAAAAGGAGGAAGAGGAGUCUGUUAUAGUGAAAGAAGAUAAAUAUAUUUUUGGAGUGAAAGAGGAAGAUGUAGAAGCUUUCAGAAUAAAAAAGGAGGAAGAGGAGGAUGUUAUUGUGAAAAAAGAGAAAGAUCUUUUUGGAGUGGAAGAGGGGAUAGAGGCUGUCACAGUGAAAGAGGAAGAAGAGAUAGAGGCUGUCACAGUGAACAAGGAAGAGGGGAUAGAGACUGCCACAGUGAACGAGGAAGAGGGGAUAGAGGCUGUCACAGUGGAAGAGGAAGAGGUAGAAGCUUUCAGAAUUAAACAGGAGGAAGAUGAGGAUGUUAUAGUGAAAAAAGUGGAAGAACCUUUUAGAGAGGAAGAGGACGAUAUCUCAAUGAAGGUAAAGGAGGAAGGCGUUUUGGGAGCGAAAGAGGAGGAAGGAGAUGAAGAGGAGACUGAAGAUCUGAUUAACACCAAAGAGAGACCCGACUCAGAGGAACCAGAGACGUCUGAACCAACGAGACGACACCACUGUUCCCAGUGUGGAAAGAGUUUUACCCAUUUAGGGAAUCUUAAAAACCACAAGAGAACACACGCAGAGAAGAAGUCUUACAACUGCUCUCAGUGUGGAAUGAGUUUUACCCGGUUAGGGAACCUAAAAUCGCAUGAGAGAAUACACACAGGAGAUAAGCCUUACCAAUGCUUCCAGUGUGGAAAGAGAUUUAUCGAGCCAGCACAACUGAAAGUUCAUUGGAGAAAACACACAGGGGAAAAACCAUUCCAAUGCUCUCAGUGUGGAAAUACAUUUACCCGAUCAGGGGACUUGAAAUCACAUGAGAGAAUACACACAGGGGAAAAGCCUUACCACUGUUCCCAUUGUGAAAAUAGUUUCAGUUGGUCAGGGCAACUGAAAGAGCAUAAGAGAAUACACACAGGUGAAAAGCCAUUCCAAUGCUCGCAGUGUGGAAAGAGUUUUACCCGGAUUGGGAACCUGAGAACACAUGAGAGAAUACACACAGGAGAGAAGCCGUUCCAAUGCUCUCAGUGUGGAAAGAGUUUUACCCAAUUAAGGAGCCUGAAAAGUCAUGAGAGGGCACACACAGGGGAGAAGCCUUUCCAAUGAUCUCAGUGUGGAAAUGGUUUUACCCGGUUAGGGUACCUGAAAACACAUGAGGUGACACACAAAGGAGGGUAGCCUCACCUCUGCUCCCAGUGUGAAAGAGUUUUACCCAAUUAAUGGUCCUGAAAGAGCAUGAGAGAAUACAUACUCUUCAUGUCACUACUCAUUGUGGAAAUACAUGUUCUGGCUUAUGGUUUUGACUGAGGAUUUGUGUUUUUGUCAUGAAAUCUAAUUGUAUAUAUUUAAUCAUACUCACAAAUAGGUCUACAUUUGUUUUUUUAUUUUUUAGAUUUUUCAAAGUAUCCACCCUUUGCCUUGAUGACAGCUUUGCACACUCUUGGCAUUCUCUCAACCAGCUUCAUGACGUAAUCACCUG